AUCUUCCUACGUUAACCUAAUUUGAGAAGCAUAUAUAUAUAUAAACUCUCAUCGCCGCAGAAUAAAUCGCCUCUGAGAAAUUGCGUUCGACAGAGAGGAUUCGGAAAUGGUUGAGUCAAAGGUUGUAGUUCCGGAGUCGGUGCUGAAGAAGAGGAAGAGAGAGGAGGAAUGGGCUUUGGAGAAGAAGCAGAAUGCUGAAGCCGCCAAGAAGAAGAACGCAGAGAACAGGAAGCUUAUCUUCAAAAGAGCCGAGCAAUACUCCAAGGAAUAUGCCGAGAAGGAGAAGGAGUUGAUCUCGUUGAAACGCGAGGCCAAGCUUAAGGGAGGUUUCUAUGUUGACCCUGAAGCUAAGCUCUUGUUCAUCAUCCGUAUCCGUGGUAUCAAUGCCAUUGACCCUAAGACCAAGAAGAUUCUCCAGCUUUUGCGUUUGAGACAGAUUUUCAAUGGCGUUUUCCUUAAAGUCAACAAGGCUACAAUGAACAUGCUUCGCCGUGUUGAGCCCUAUGUCACUUACGGAUUCCCUAACUUGAAGAGUGUCAAGGAAUUGAUCUACAAGAGAGGUUAUGGCAAGCUAAACCACCAGAGGGUGGCUUUGACUGACAACUCUAUUGUUGAGCAGGCUCUGGGAAAGCAUGGAAUCAUCUGCACUGAGGAUUUGAUCCACGAGAUUCUCACAGUAGGACCUCAUUUCAAGGAAGCCAACAACUUCCUUUGGCCCUUCCAGCUUAAGGCACCACUCGGUGGCCUCAAGAAGAAGAGAAAUCACUACGUGGAAGGUGGUGAUGCUGGAAACCGUGAGAACUUCAUCAAUGAGCUUAUCAGGAGGAUGAAUUAGAUGUUAUCGUUUUCAAUGUCAGACUUCUCUGUGUUUUCAUUAUAUGCCUCCUCCUGGAUUUUGAUCUUCUUAUUUAAGUUGAAAGACUUUUUGAAUCUUAUCUUUUGUUCUCUUUGGAUCUUAAUUUGUGCUAUGGGUUCUGCAAGUAAUUCUACAUUUUCUUUAAUGUG